AUGACCAAAGUUCUUGUCACCGGAGGCACUGGCUUCGUGGCCGGUCAUGUGAUUGACACUCUGUUGAAGCGUGGACACUCCGUUAUCACCACUGUCCGAUCUCAGAAGAAGGCUAAAGCGGUACUGAAUGCCUACAAAGACGUUUCUCAUGGCAAUCUCGAUAUUGUGCUUGUCCCAGAUAUUGCGGUGGAUGGGGCCUUCGAAGGGCUGGGCUCUCUUGGACUUGAAGCUGUGAUACACGUGGCAAGCCCAUUCCAUUACAAUGUCACAGACCCGAAGAGAGAUCUCAUUGAUCCUGCUGUCUUCGGUACAACGGGCGUUUACAAGGCGAUCAAAGAUUCCUGCCCCAGUGUCAAGCGCGUCGUCGUCGUGACCUCUUCCUUCGCAGCCAUUUUGAACCCUGGAAUUGCAUCCAUAGGCGCAGAAAAGACAGGAUGCCUAAUCGAUGGCAUGAUGGCAUAUGUUGCUUCAAAAGUCUUUGCCGAAAGGGCGGCCUGGAACCUUGUCGAGACCGAGAAGCCAAACUUUACCUUGUCCACCAUUUGCCCGCCCAUGAUCUAUGGCCCCGUCAGAGUGCCGGUCAAGUCACUCUACGGGAUUAAAACCUCGAACCAGCUUCUGGCGGAAAUCAUUCUCGGAAAGCACAAGGCAGGUCUGCCGCCCACAGCAUUGCCCCUCUGGGCUGACGUCCGUGACAUCGCCCUGGCACACGUAAGAGCCAUAGAGGUCCAGAGCGCUGGGGGCAAGCGUUUCCUUACUGCAGCCGGAUUCUACAGCAAUGAAGAGAUGGCCAAUGCACUUUGGAAUAGCUUCCCUUCAAUGAGGGAAAAGCUGCCAGAACCUGGUAACUUCGGAGGAGCGCCCAGUCCGGCUUUGAAGUCUUUUGGAUACAACACAUCCCGGGAGAGGAAGAUUUUGGGCUUACAAUGGACUUCAUAUGAAAGGACUGUCGUUGAUUCAGCUAUAUCUUUGGAUGGAUUAAAGGAGUAG